CAACUUAAAAGGGUCCAUUCAGUCUGUACUUUUAGGUCCAUGCCAGGAAAGACAGAAUGGAAACUUUGCUACAACAGCUGACCCGUGGUAAUGCCCUGUUCCUCAUCAUUAUUUUGGGAAUUGGAGGAAGCUUUCAAAGUGGCUACCACAGUACUGAAUUGAGUUCUCCAUCACCGUACAUUCAGCGCUUCAUCAACAGCAGCUGGUACCACAGAUAUGAAGAGUCUCCACCUCCACAGACCAUCACGAUCAUCUGGUCCCUUAUUGUUUCCAUGUAUGCUGUCGGGGGACUCUUUGGUGCUGGCAGUGUCAAUUUGAUUACAGGCACGCUGGGAAGGAAAAAGGCGAUGAUCUGCACCAGCUCUAUUGCCAUUCUCGCAGCGGGGAUCAUGCUGACAAGUAAAGGUGCUAAAUCAUAUGAAAUGAUUAUCGUGGCAAGGAUUCUGUAUGGCUUCUCCUCAGGUUUGGGGGCCAGCUCCCAUGUAACGUACCUGGCGGAGAUUUCACCUAGAAAGAUUAGAGGGACCGUGACUCUGACCGCAGCGAUCUUUUUGUCACUUGGUAAACUGUUUGGACAGUUUUUUGGACUUAGUGAGAUCCUUGGUCGUGAGGAGCUGUGGAACAUCAUCCUCUGUGUCCCUGCAUUUUUCUCAGUAGUUCAGGUUAUAGUGUUGCCUUUUCUCCCCGAGGCCCCCAGAUACUUAUUAAUAGAGAAAGGUUAUGAUAAGGCGUGCAAAAAAGCUCUCCAGAAUUUGUGGGGCCAAGGUGACUACAAACAGGAGAUGGACGAGAUGAUGGCUGAGCAGGCUGCCAUUGAGUCAGCCCCACAAAAAAGUGCUCUGCAACUCCUCAGAGAUCGGACCGUCCGAUGGCAGCUUCUCACCAUGUCCACCGUCUACUGCUGCAACCAGCUGUCGGGCAUUCCUGCAAUCAAUAUCUUCUCUUUCGACAUCUUCCUGAAGGCAGGUGUACCAGAAGACAAGAUCCGCUAUGUUACUCUUGGUCUUGGAGUAUCUCAAAUCAUCACCUCUAUCUUCUGUGGGCUGCUGAUUGAACACAUAGGGAGGAGGCCGUUGUUCUGGGGGGGUUAUGGUUUCAUGUCUGCCAGCUUGGUGUUGGUCACUGUCACGCUCAAUGUGAAGGAUUCCAGCUUCUGGGUUCCAUACAUUUCCGUUAUUUUGAUCUUCCUCUUCAUCAUCUUCUUUUGCGGAGGCCCUGGUUUGUGUCUUACAUCAGUUUGUGAGAUCUUCAUCCAGUCCGAUCGACUGGCGGCAUUUGUACUCAUGGGGCUGCAACGCUGGUUGCUCUUUGUUGUACUGGGCCUGGUAUUUCCAUUCCUUAUUGAUGCCCUGGACUCGUACUGCUUUGUGCUGUUCACCUGUGUGUGCCUGCUGGCUUGUCUUUACACCUUCUUCCUCCUGCCCGAGACUAAAGGGAAGACCAUACUGGAGAUCUCGGAGGAGUUCAAAGCCAGCACCAUCUGUGGGAAAUCCUUCUUCGAGGAAAAGAGAGUGGAGACCAAGUUAUGAGGCAUUCCAGAUAUAGUAGACUGUUGUUUUAAACUGACAAAGGAAUGAUGAAUGGCAGUGUUUGACCAAAAUAGCAAUGUUUGAGCUGUAAGUAUUUUAAAUCAAUUGCCAAAGCAACAGCCAAUAAAUGAAGAGAAGUUUCCAUAGCACUGCAGCUAAAUUACUGAGACAAACCUGUAAACAAUAAUGAACUUUAAUAUUUUAUUCCCUGUCAUUGUCCAUAAACAGAUGUCACUACUAAUGCCGAUGUAUUUUUAUUCUGUUAUUUCUAUCAUUCUUAGUUCAGGUCAGAACUCAUUAUAUCCACGACAUUUAAGGGUGCAAGGCAGGAUUAUUUCAGAAGAAUUAGAAAAUAUGUUGUAUACAAUAACAUGUUUCAAUACAAAAAUACUUAAUUUUCUUAGCAUUCAGUAUGACUAUCUUUUGUGACACAUGCAAUGUUGACACAACAUUGUGUGGUUGAAGAAUUAAUUGUGUCCAAACAACCUUGACUGCUCUUGCAUUUUAAUUAUUAAAUGUUUAGGAC